AGAGGGAGGAGGGCUGAUGCAUGUUUGUUUAAAGCAGGAACCACAUGACCAUCUUGCGCGUAAUGUGUUGUUUCUCUAAUGGCAGUCAGCCAUCUCAUCUCAGCUCAGCUACCUUGCAAAUUAGGGCUUAAUCAUUCCAUACAGUGUUAACUGAAGCUUUCCACGAGAUCUCGGACAUUUAUAAGCGCAAGCAAUGCCAGAGCCAGCCGAAAUGAACGGGGCUGACAUAGGAAAGAAGCCGGGCAGCGGUGUUCCAGGGAGUGAGGGAAAAGACCCAGUAGCCAAUGGGCAUGCAGAGAAUGAGUCAAACCCCUUUGCAGAGUACAUGUGGAUGGAGAACGAGGAGGAAUACAAUCGGCAGGUGGAGGAGGAAUUGCUUGAGCAGGAGUUCUUGGAGCGCUGUUUCCAAGAGAUGUUGGAUGAGGAGGAUCAGGAUUGGUUCAUUCCAGAGAGGGACCUCCCCUCAGUCGGACAGAUACAGCAGCAGCUCAAUGGACUUUCUGUCAGUGAUGGCAAUGCAGAGGAAAUCUUGCGAAAGAGCAUCCUAAACCCUGAAGCCAAGGAGUUUGUGCCAGGGGUGAAAUAUUAGAGAUCAUCAUUGCCCUCCUCUCUCAAAUACGCAUCUGAUCAUAUAUGCAGAGACUCUUGUGCCCAUGUUUAGGAUGGUCACAUAAAUGUGCUCUUUACCACAUUUUUGAAGGGGCAUGAGUGCGUUUUUUUUUUUUUUUUUUUUUUUUUUUUUUUUGCUUUUUUUUUUUUUUAAUGGGAGGGAGGUGGGGUGUGAUUGUCUAUAAGCUUUAUAUUUCUGUUGUGUAUAAACCAAGGGUAUUAAGUUUAAACAUGACCUCUAGGAGGUGCUGUGACUAGAUAAUAUCAUACUCAUUACCAGGCUGUUUUAUUUUCUCUACCCUUGUUGAAAGGGCUGUUCUUGUCAGCUUUCAUUGUUUCAGAGUUUGUGCCUGAUCAGGUCUUUGCUUCUCCUCCCGGUGUUUUUGUUGUUGUUUUUUUGUUGUUGUUUUUUUCCUUUUAUUUUUGUUAUUGUUCUUUUCGAUGCAUCAGUUCAUAUUCCUGCGAUUUUAAAGUGGUGUGGUCAUAAAUGACUGGGGUGUGAGCCCCUUGGUUUGAGUUGAAUGCUAAGGAAAGUGUGUUGGGGAAUUCACAUGAAUUCAACUUUUGAUUUUGAAUUGAAUUAGUAACAUGCAGGACUGAAUUUCAUUUAAAAAAAUAUGGAAGGAUGGCAAAAUAAAGAAGAAAAGUUUGUAUUAAAUGGACCAUUUCUUGUG